AUGGCGGCGGCGGCGCUGGACAUCGCGGAGCUCUCCUUCUCCGACCUAGUUGUCCUCCUAUCUCCCGAGACGCCUGUUAACGACGGCCGCUCCGCCGCGUUGUGGACACCGUCGCGGCCGAGCUCGGCCGAGGUGGAUCGGGGCUGCUGGCCAUCGCCGGAGUGCCGCGCAUGGGCGCCCUCCGCCGGCGACUCCUCCCUUGGCCCGACGCCUCGCCCUCAUGGACCACCGACCCGCUCCCAACUCCUCAAGAAGCACGGAUUGGGCAGCGACGUUCCUUUGAAGAAGCUCGAUCGGUCCGUAUCCUCGUUCGCGCAGCUUCUAAGGCAUUCAGGUGAACUCACCUUGCUUGAGUCUGUCAACAACAACAAUGAGUUUAAUUCUUAG